GGAGAGAGAGGAAGAGGGUGAGGGAGCGAGGAGAGAGAGAGGGAGAGGGAGAGAGCGUGUUUCUCAGAAAGAAUCUGAACCACUUCAGCACCGCCUGCGCAGGAGCCAGAUAAUAACUAACAGGACCCGCUCUGGAUGGAUUUAGCGUCCCUCCCACCUCGCUCCGCCGAAUUCCAUUCACAAGACAGGUGAUUGUAAAGCCAAUCAAUAGAGAGGAGAGGAGGAGGAAGGGGGAGAAAAAGAAGGGUCAGAUGUUUUCCCUUUGCUGUCCUCUUCGACACCUGCGAGAGCUUUUCCCCUUUUCUUCAACUCAGACUGGGGUGUCUUGGCUGAGGCUGCGCACACUUUCCAGACUGGACUGAGAAAAAGACGGAGAAAGGAGGGGUAAGAGAGGGAGUAAACGGGAGAGAGAAAGAGUGUGAAACAGAGACUGGAUGGAUCCCCGUCUUCCUCUGGCACUCCACAGGCGCUCAUUCAUUUAUUUGAGCCUGGCCGACGACAGCAUGCCAAACGCGGAGUCCAGCGGCUCAGCUCGGUCAGUAUAGCUCCCCCCUUCUCCCCAUCUGUCUCCACUUCUCACAUCACAGGUGUCCCACAGAGCGAUUGUCCUUUUUUUUCCUUUCUUCCCCUCCUCUCAUGCAGACUUCCACACAGAGGACAGGAGUGACGCGUACUCCGUCACCGUUUCCUUACCUGCGCAGCAUCCGCGCCAAGAUUCCAACUCGGGCGCCCCAGCGUCGACACCGAGGACCGGCGUUUUGAAGGAAAAGCCCGCUUCAUGGGCCCCAAACCUCGUGAGGGCCCCGGAAUGGCGUGCAGCGCGUGUUACUACCUGGUUAUCAGCUCCACACACCUGAGCAAUGGACACUUUCGGCGCGUCAAGGGGGUCUUCAGGGGACCUCUGUGUCCAGCUGCAAGCAGCGAUUCCCCGGAAUGUGCGGAGAGGGCUUUGGGCUGCUCAGCGGAGGAUCUGAAGGCUCUUUUCUACUGUGAGCUGUGUGACAAGCAGUACCUCAGACACCAGGAGUUUGACAACCACAUCAACUCCUACGACCACGCACACAAACAGAGGCUGAAGGAGCUCAAGCACAGGGAGUUCGCUCGCAACGUGGCCUCCAAGUCGUGGAAGGACCAGCGCAAACAGGAGAAGGCUCUCAGGCGCCUGCACCAGCUCGCACAGCUGCAGCAGGAAGCUCAGCGAGUCCCGAGAAGGGCGUAUGGAUUACGACGUGCAGCCAGAGCUGUAAGCCAGCAGCGAGAUAAAACUGUGGACCAAAGAGAGCACAGCCCCGAAGACAAACCUGAGCCCUGCAUCCGCCCCCAGCGACCCCCCGCCGCUCAGCCCAGGACGACUCCACCAAACCGCCAGUCAGAAGAUCAAUGCCAAUCUCUUUCCCAAAUACCGCUAGCCACUGCUGCAGCAGAGUCCCCGCUAAUCACUCCGACAUCCGAUACAGACCCUCCUGCAGUGAACCCCCAGUCGCUCCGCAGCUUGUAUCCCCAGCUGCCUCUCGCUGCUCAGGGGAGAGUGGGAGGCAGGCUCGGAGUGUCCUUCUGCAUCUCACGCCGGGGGCCUCGGCUGGAGCCUUCUGCCUCUGUCUUCUCGGACUUGGAAGAAGAGGAGAGGGAGAAGAGGGAGCAAAUGAAAGAGAGAAUAAAGGGAAUAAUGGAGGAUAUCGACAGAGAAAUAGGGGAAGCAGAUGAGAGGAAACACUGUGAGAGUGAGAAGGACAAGUCCGGCUCUGACAGCGUUUUACUGAGCGACUCGCGGCCAAUCCCCACAGAGAUGGCAGGAGAAGAGGAACAGAUCGAAAAAAGAGACUCUGUGAAAGAACACUUUGCUAUUUCUGCAGCAGCACCUGAUAAUCAGAGGCAUGAUUCACUCUUCCCGCCCUCACAGACCCAGGUGACCAUAUGGGACGCAGCACUAGCGGUGGCACACAUGGACACCAAACAAACUGACGACGAGGCAGAGAGGAAGCAAGAAGCAGAGCAGGAGAUGGAUUCAAGCCGGUAUGUGUGUGUGCAGGGGAAGGACGGCUCUACCCGGCUGAGAUGGCCUGUCAGCUUGCUUAAGUUCACCAAGUCUCAACCGCACAUCUCCUACAGCUGCAACCCGCUCCACUUGCACCUCCAACGACCAGAAAAACUCGAUGUGCGAGAGUCACAACAAAAUCAGCUGUGUGCUCUUUCAGGUGAAUCAAACCCGGCUAGUCUUACACCAGACGCCUGUUCACAAAGACAGACAAGACACGAGCUGAGAGAACACAGACCAAAAAAAGCUGGAGAGAUUUCCAAGGAAGAGCAACGUAUCGAUGUGGAGACAGAAGCACACCUGUUCCUCAAGAACAAAAAACUUUCAUCAUCAGACACAGGCCCAGAGAGAGGGGGAUGCAUGCUAAGUAUGGAGAACUGUGCGAGGGCAGCCUCCCAUCCAUUUGACCCCACUCAUAGUGACAGCUCUGACACAAACUCCCAGAAUCCUCUGGGAGGCAGAUUAGAGGGUGCGAGAGGGAUCAGGGAGAGAGCCAUCACAGCCCUGAGCUGUAAAUUAGAGUCUGUCACCCAGACUGGCACACAGGGGAUGUGCAUCAGCCCGUCCAGGUGUGAGUGUGGGAGUGAGACAAUGUGCAAGUGUGUCGGGCCUCUGCAGCCGAACGUGGGCGUCUCAGAAGUGUCACGCAAAAAGAAGAAAGCCAGCGCAAAGAAACACAAGCUGGGAAAAAGGAAGAGGGGCGAGAGGGAAAAGGCUUCAAACAAGCGCCAAUCAGCGAGGUGCAAAGUGAGGAGCGUCGUCUCCACGGUCUCCACUGGAGGAGAGACGAGAGGAGACGCUGGAGCGAGGUGGGGGAAGAAAAGGAGGCAAAGAGAGGCGGGGGUGAGGAGGGUGAGGAGGGUGAGGAGGGUGGGGAGGGUGGGGAGAGCAGGGAGCAGCUGUCUCCUGGGGAGAUGUGAGGCUGAGCCAGUAUCUGUCUCUGUCAGGAAGAGGAGGCCUCAUAGGAGCCACGGCGCUGAAUGCCAGUCACAGGCAGAACACUCCAGCGCCUACUCCCAGCUCAGCAGACUCACAGCAGACAGAGAUACCGAGGGGGAGGGAAAGCGAGACGCGGUGACUUUUCCCUGGCGGUCUCACUUCUCCUUGCACUCCUUCUCACCAGGAUGUAACUCAAAGCUGUUUUGGGAAAGAGGUCACCAUAGCAACCCCAGGAGUUUCAUUGACUGCUGUUACCCUGACAACAGCUGUGGUAGCAGCCCAGUGAAAAAGAGAAAACUCCUCCACAGGGACAGGAAAUUCAUUCAUAGUAAGAGGAAGAGGCACUGCGAAGUCUGGGAGGAGAGGGGAAGGAGAACGGGCGGUGGCAGAGAUACAGAGACAGAGCAGUGGGAGUGGAUGAGAGGGAGCUGCCCCGGGGGCACUGAGGAGGGCAGGUCAAGGACUGGGUGGAGCUCGAGUAACAGAGCAGUGGAGUGGGAUCAAGCGGCGAGGCUCAGCCCCAGUCCCAGCAGCUGGGGCAGGAGGCACAGACACCUCAGCACUGAAGACGCAGACUGGGACAGAUGCAGCGUGGACAGAUGGACGUGGGGCAGCAGUGACAGCUGGGAGGACAGGGGGACGCACCGGUCCAUGUCGGGCUCCAGGACAGGCGCCGACAGCCGAGACAGCCCAGGCGGCGUUCGGAGAUGUGCCAGACGCUCAAGUUCGAGACACUUCUCCAGUCCGGAGUGGUGGACGAGCCGACAGACCUACAGCUGCCAGGGCGCCAUGAACACGCAGGGCAGCAGGAGCCACAGUCCCCGAUCCUGCAGCCCCUGCAGCAGCACCAGCAUGUCGGAGCUGAGCUGGGAGUGGAGCCGGAGCAGCACCUGCUCAGGAGUCACCUCCUCCAGGGCUGCCGAGGCCCCUCAGGAGGCGAAAAAGCACAGCAGCCCCACGUCCACUUCAUCUGCACUUUCCUCCAGCCCCUGCUCUCAUUCUUCUCUCUACACAUCCACUGUUGUUCCCUCAGCUCAAAGCCUCAAUGUGGACAAUCGUGGUCCUUCCCUGUCAAAGGAGGCCUCCUCUGGCCCCGUCACCACCAGCAGCUCAGACACAACUCCUCCAGAACUUAAGACUCUCCCACAGAAACCGGCUCGGACUUUGCUUCUCCCUCUCAUAGGAAAGCUACCUGCAAUCCAGAGAAAGGCUCGGAGUAAAAAGCAGGAAAAGAGUCAGGAAAAGGAGAGAGAGGAUGAAGAGGAAGCUAAAGACUCAAACCCGAGCAGAACGCCAAAUCCCUGUCCGUCGCAGGUUUGGACUGACGACAAGCAGACAGGUGCAGAGGCAGCUCCGCCGAUCAGCUUUACCGCCGAGGAAAUGGACAAAUACCGACUCCUGCAAGAGCAAGCCAGAGAGCACAUGCAGAAAGUCCUGGAAAAGACGCAAGAAAGUGCAGAUACACACACAUGCACGGACUACAUGCACAAAGCACACACAGAAAGUUGUGGGAUUUCAGAGGAACAGUACACACCUGCACCUUUGCACAACCCCGCACAGCCUCAAACCCAGUUAAUUCGCACCGACACCAUGCAAAGACAGCACAGCCUCCAGGUCCCGCUUCCACACGUGACCCAGCAGGAGAGCUUCACUCAGCCCAUGGCCCUGGGCGUCCACAGCCUCACCCCUCUCCCUCCGUCCGCCCCCCUCUCCAGCCUCCAUCAUAUCAUUUUACAGCACACAGCCCUCUCCUCCUCCUCGGCUCCCAGCUCGCCCUCAUCUCCCGCCAUCCACCCGCACCUGGCUCAGAUUCCUCACCCACCGCUGCCACCUCGCCACUUCCCUCAUCAUCUCCACCUCUCCCCCUUCUCCCUCUCCUCCCUGUUUCCCUCCAUCCUCCUCUCCCACCACCCCAUCCCUCUCCUCCCCCAGUCCCACUCCUUCCACGCCGGCCCACUCGCCCCGGUAGCCCUGCAACCCCUGAACCCGCAGCCUUUCAUGGACAGAUCGUGGCCAGUGAAGUUUCAGCAGAAGGCGUUAUGAUUUUCAGAGCUGCUGCCAUGUUUAUUAAUCUUCCUUGGCAACACUGACCGCUGAGAGAGAGAGAGAGAGAGAGAAGGACUUUUUUUCUGUUUUGAACAAAAGCCUGCUAUUUGAAUUUGGGAUGUGUCAACUCCAACUCUUAUUCACAUAUGCCUUCACACUCACACACACUCGUGCAAACACACAAAACAGCCCAACUAUUGACUGUUUUCAAAUGAAAAUGUGUUUCUCCAUUUAGCCUCUGCUGUGUUGCGGCAGACGGUGGGAAAACAGACUUUGAUCCUUUGCUUUUUCCAUCAUUCUUCAUUCAGGCCCACAAUAAAGGCAAAGGUGCACCUGCUAUUCAAAGACAAGCUGGGCUCGUGUCAUCCUCUCUCUUUCCUUCUGAACCACAGACAGACCAGCUGCCUUUUGAAGUAUCCCUCAUGCCAGGGACAGAGGGGCAAGAGAAAGUGAUAUUACUCUCCCCUUAUCUCCGUUUCAUACAGGUUAUCUGAGGAAGAUUGUGACUCUCAACAUGCAUAAAAAACGUAGCAGGGACUGGGGGCAUCAUAACCUUGGUGUUCACUGUAUUUGUGUGGUUGAUGGAGGUAAUUCUGAUCAGACACACUCACUUGCAGCAGGAGGGACAACAACCUAUUUCCAUAUCUGACAACGUGUAAAGACCUUUUUCUUUGUCUCUAUAAUGUAAAUAUUCUUACAGUGAGUGAUAAUAUUAGAAUGACGGGAAAAUAAUAUAUGAAUUUAACCUUGACCAGUAGUACAAUGCUUAUUCCACACUCUAUGGCGAGAGACAUUUUCCACAAAUUGAUGUGUGGCGUUGGAUUGUUUUUUUAAUUUCCACACAGCAUUUAUCAAGUCAGUGGUUGAGAUGGCUUUGAAUGAAUCUGAUAUAUUCCAUUAAAGCGUGAGUGGA